CAAUAAAAUGAAAACGAGAAAUAAACGGGAAAUCGAACCAUAGAAAUGAUCAAGGAAAUAAAUAGAGAUAAUAAACAAUAUAACCGAAAAAAAAAGAAAAGAGAAAAAGAAUAGAAAUUUAAACAAAUGUUAAAGGAAAAACAUAUUGUGUGCCUACAUCAAAGCAACUAACGAAGAGGGAAUUAAGGAAUCAGUGAUUACCAUCAAUCAGCACAAUUACGGAUCAAUCAGCAUUUAGUAUCAUUAAUGUAAUCGAUAUUUCCGUUGUAAUUCUAUCCCUAUAUAAAGGGACUAUGAAAUGAAAUGAGUAGACUAAUUCCAAUUGGCAUUUUACUUUAACACGUUAUCAGCACGCUCAGGAAAAAAACUCUAGUUUUCUUGUUUAUUUCCGUCGAAAAAAAAAACCCAAAACCCUAAAGAAGAAAAACUUUUUCUUCUUUUCUGCCGCUUUAACAAAAAAAAAAAAAAAAAAAAAAAAAAAAAACAAAACUCUGCAGAAGCAGAUCGACCUCCCAACCAAGAGAAAUUGCUCUCUGCACCGCCACUACCUGCACAACCCAGCAGCCCCGGCGUCAACACCAUCGGCCCCCAUCCUCCAAAUCCCCAUUUCUCCUCCCCGCCGCGAAGCUCGCAGCCGGCCAGACCCAAUCCAAACCAGCCUCGUCCUUCGUCCCCGCCAGCCCACACGGGCCUCCAGCCCAACCCAGAAAACUGCAGCAGCGCCUCCGCCCCUGCCUGCAAAUCACAGCAGCGCCUCCGCCUUGCAAGUCCGGCGUUUGCAGUCGCAGCCCAGCCUGCAAUACACCGGCCUGCAGCACACCACCGAGCCUCUAGCCUGCGCCGAUCCCGCCUGCAGCAGCCCGAGCGACUGCCCAGCCCCGGCGAUCCGUCGCAGCCCAGCUUGACAAGCAGCCACCUUCACCGAUCUGCUCCCACCGAUCACCUAUCCCAGCAGCCCACCGAUCACCGCUCACCUGCUGCUGCACCCAGCGCGCCUCCUCUGCAAACUAGAAGAAGACUCGAAGGACUGAAGGAGGAAGAAGAGAAAGGAAAAAGAAAAAAAACCGGCCCAAAGAAAAGGGACCCGGCCAAGAAAAAAAAGAAAAAGAAGGGCCUAAGUAUACACCCGGCCCAAAUCAAAAAAAAAAAAAAAAAAAGCAGGCCCUACAGGACCAGAAACGAAAAAAAAACAGACAAAGAAAAGAAAAAAAGGAGAAGGUCCAAAGUAAAGAUCAGGCCCAGAAAAAAAGUGCUAAUUCUCAGCCCAACAAAUCAGCAGGCCCAGCAGAACCCGAAAAAAACAUCGCUACGCACGCCUGCAUCAACACGCGCGUGCGCUAGGAUCGUUUUAUUUACUCAAAAUCAAAUGGCUGAUCCAACUCGACCUGAGUUUGACAUCUUGGACUCAGAAGGACUUGAGUACCAUCGUUGGGUUUCCGAUAUGGAAACUGCCUUUGUGGCAAAAGACUACACUGCCACCAUUACUGAUCCCAAAGAUGAUGAACUAUCUAAUAAGGUGAAAGCAGAUGCCUUAAUUUUUCUGAGGCGACAUAUUGAUCCUAGCCUACGCUGGGAGUACCUUCAGUUGAAGACACCCAAAGCACUGUGGGAUGCCCUUAAAGGACGUUUUGGGAACAUUCACGAUACUUUGCUCCCAGGACUGGCUGUUCAGUGGAAUGGAAUCCGCUUUCUUGACUAUAAAAAGGUCAAUGACUUCAACAAGGACAUGUUGCGCUUAAAGGCACGUCUCAAUUUCUGUGGAAGGGAAAUCACAGAAGAUGAUAUGAUCUCAAAGACUCUUACCACCUUUCCUAAUUCAGCUUUUAUACUAGCGAACCAGUAUCAAUUGGAUUAUGACAACAAAAGAAUCACAACCUUCAAUAAGUUGAUAAGCAUACUGCAAGUGGCUGAGAGACAAAAUAAGAUUCUCUUGAAUAACAAUGCCAGGCCCACUAGGACAAAGAAAAUUCCCGAGGCUAAUUAUGGAAAAAUGAAAGGUGGAAAUAACUCCAAUGCAAGGGGGUUUAGACGUGCUGAUCCCUACCCACGUGGCAACAAUGCACCACGUGGAAAGGGACAUGGGGAUCAUGGAAACAAGAUGCCAAAGGAAAGAGUUGACAAUGAACCAUGCUAUAGGUGUGGAUUCAUUGGGCAUUGGUACAAGAACUGCCAAGCAAACAACAGAGUAGCAGCCAAUUACAAGAGGUAUAGAGAGUCUAAAGAACAAGAGGCUCACUAUAUGGAAGAAGGAGGUCAUGACCUAGACGUCAACCUUACAAUUGCAGACUUCAAUGGCAAAGAGGAACUUGCUAAGUCAAUGGAUGCUCUCAAUCUUGACUGAUCUGCUUUAUUCAUUUUAUUUUCCAAAGACAGUUAUGAAGGCAUAAUGCCUCAUUUUUAAUUAGACUACUACUUGGUCUUAAAGUUUAUUUCAAUACUGGUUUGAUGAAUUAGAACAAGACCUUGAUUUGAUUA